GAGUGGUCGGUUUUUGCGAUUUAAUCGUUAUCUUACUAUUUCUGUUGUACCAUUUGAUUCAGGCUUAUAAUAAUUAAUUUAUCUCAUGAGCUUUUAACCACACUACAUGUUCCACAGGCUCAUUAAUAUGCUACAUGUUUUUAUCGAAAGACGUAGCCUACUCUGGUAAAGUUGGCUGUUAUCUCUUUCUGCGUGUAUUUUUCCAUCUGACCCGCCACUACUCACAGGCAGACAGUGCUGUGCUUCCAGCUCUGCGAAAGGGUGAAUCAAUUUAAGAGAGAGAGAGAGAGAGAGGGGAGGUUGAACAGAGAGAGAGCGAGGGAGACGGAGAAAGACAGGCGAGAGGAGACAUUGACUCCGCACCACAGCUUCUGAAGGAUAUAUUUAGAUUAAAAAACAAAGAACGAGUAGACGAGAUACGGCCCUAUGUAGCAGCAGUGGCAGCGCUGAGAGAGAGACAGGGAGUCCCAGGUGGGGUUCUGAAUCCCCAGAGCAGAGUGAUGGAGCCGUCCCAGCCACAUAGCCUCGGAGUUGGGCUACGGUCAUCAGGAGCUCAUGUGAUGGUGACACGCAAGAUGGUGAGUGAGCCUGUUACUAUAGCAACCCCAGGCUCUCAGAGCGUGCUUCCAUUUCACCCAGUGUGGGAGAGAAUGAUGGAGGGAGAACAUUGAAGAGAAGGCUGCCAGGAGCUAUAGGGAGUUUCGGAAGGGUCUGGAGAGCAGAGAAGGAAAGCGAUGCUCUGGUGUUACAGAGAUGACUUCCUGGGGUGGGCAUUUGGAGAUGCGAUGUGGGCAACUAAAGUUAAUAUAAGAUGAAAUAAAAUUCAGUUGAAGAAAAUUGUAAAGUUUGCCAUGAAAAAAGAUUUUACAAUUACUAAAUUGGUGAAGCAUUACUGUUGCAGUCCAAAUUAUUCACUCAAAUGCUCAGCUAUCACUUAGUUUUAAAAACUGGACUGGAUUUGUUGGUCUAGAGGUAACAGGGCUCAACAGUAAGUAGGGCCCUAUGAAAUCCAUUUUUUUUUCAUUUUAAUUUAUCUGGAUUACGUUUUUUUUUUUUUUCAUUUCAAUUUUUCUAGACUCUUGUUUUAACAAAUUGAAAUCAUGAAACUUGUGCAAUUUAACAGCAAUUUAUUAAAUGUUUAACAAAAAAUAAUUUUUUAAGGCCCUAUUAAUUUUUACCAAAUUCAGCAUUUUCCAUUAACAUUCUGUAUUCCAUUUGAAUGGUUUCAUUAAAUUUUAAUUAUCAAAAAGCACCUCAAAUUAAUUGAUUUAAUGUAUAUAAAAAAGUAAUAUUAUGGGCUUUUUUCAGAAUUACUGUGUUGUUUAAUAAUUUUAUUAGUAGUAGUACUACUAUGUUAAGUAAUAUAUUUCUGUCACAGUUUCUUCAAGUUAAACCGUACUUUUAUUUUGCCAGGUUGCUGAGAGGACCUUAAAGUUUCAGUUUUCAUAUGAUGUGACCGUAGUUUUUCUAAAGAGAAACAAAUUAUCAUGAAGUGAUUCGCAGGGUAGUUCUAGAUAUAAUUUAUGUGUUUAUGUAUUCACAAAAUGAGGCGGUAGAGGCUGAAAACACCGCAAGCGACGCGCACUUCAGUAUGUGUGUAGUAAAUGAAACCUUGCGCAUCCGUUGUUCAUUCACACAGAGACUCAUAUUCAUAUUAUAUGGUAUUUUUGUGGCUUAAUAUUCAGAGACACUAGUCCAUAUCACAAUUUGAUUUAAGUGUACUGACCUAAUUUGGAUUUAAUCAUCCAAAAUUCGGCAAAUUCCGUGACAUUCCGCGUUAUACAGUAAAUUUCAUUUCCGCAUUGCAGAAAUCAUAAGGCCCUAAAUAAGGAUCAGUGCUGCUUUGCCACUGAAAAGCGUACAUUCGUUGAUGUAGUACAGCCAUUUUAUACCUUGCAAACCUUGCAAAAAAUUUGGUCUUCUACAAUAUUGUUGAAAAUUCUGCUGAUUUGCCACAUAGACAAUGUUACCUAGCUGGCUAACAUAGAUGAGCAUUUGUCGAAAUUGCAAAAGAGACCCUGUGAUAAUUUUAAAAGCUUCAGUAUGAAUUGCAUAGUGUAUGUAAUUGUUUUUCAUCAAAAGCGUGUUUGUGAAUUUGUUGUGAAAUUCUACCAAACAUAAAACUGCAUUGUUAAAAAAUGAAUAAUUAAUGAUUCUUGUAUUGAGGUGCAGGUGGAAAUGUUGGCAUUGGAAGUUAAAAUCGGAAAACUACUUUAAAAACUACUGCCCCGACCAGCAGAAAAUAAUUCAUAUGGUUGAGCCCUGGAUAAGGUUUUUACUUUGCAUAUGGGGAGUCUUAGGUUUAAAUCCAGUUUUACUGUAUUAAUUUGCAUACUUUUCUUCAUUGAAGGAAAACUUUAUAUUUAACUAUGCUUAGUAGGUUUUAAAUCAACCACACGGGCCGAAUCGAAAUGCUUGGACUGAGCUGUCAUUAUGCAGCGCUGACUGUCGACACUUGCAUAGCCAAUAAUCAAUUGGGAAAAAUGUACAAGCUAAAGCUAAAACUGUAAUUUAAAUGAUUUUCUAUCGGAUGGUAAAUAAGCCCGUCCGUAGCCACGCCUCUGAAGUGAAGGCCAAGGAGGGCUGGAGAGAGAGUUGAAUAAGAAAGGAGGGAAACAGAAAAGAGGAUGGACAGAGAUGAAUACAUCCACCUGCAAAACAGUGCAACAAGCCGACAGGUUCGCAUGAGGGAGGAGACCUCCAAAGAAACACUGCAGCAUUGGCUGUCAGAUAAACGCAGCUUUUCUUCUGCUCUCCUCUGUUCAUGUCCAUCCCUCCCUGCUGCUUCACUCGCUCACUUUGAUUCUGAUGGCACUGCACUGAGAGAGACAUGGUGUCUGUCUCCACGGUGACAGGUAUCCAUGGAGACAUCCAUCAGUCAGUAUGUGUCAGCGUUUCCAUGGGGAUGUGGAUCUGGGGGUGUUUGUCAGCGAGUUUUGCGCCACACUCUUAUCAUGUUUGUCAUAGAUGCUGUUUAUCUGUGUAUGUAUUAGUCAUGGUGUCACUCAGAGCGUGGGGUGCAGCCUUAUGGUCUUCUAAGACUGGGGCUAAAGUGUGUGUGUGUGUGUGUGUGUGUUCAAAAACUUUAAAACCUUUCUAUUCUAGUUUAAUGUGCAGUGGACAAUACAAGUGCUCUAGUCAAGUCACAUUUAUGUAUAUAGCGCUUUAUACAAUACAGUAAUAAACAGGAAAAUAACAGAAUCCAUAGCUAUGUAUCCAUCCAGAUUUGCAAAUGUAACUUUUGUGCAAAUUGGAAUAUCACAUAAAGCAUUUGCGAUCCAGUGAAAUGAAGAGAAAAAAACUUUAACUUUCUGAUAAACUGGCACCAAUUUCCAAAUGAACAAAACAGCGUUUCAGAUGCUGUGUGAUGAGAUCCUGGAUAGUCCAGUUAUGCCAACCCAUCGCACAAAGUCAUAUUACUUUUUUGAUACGCAUUGAGGAAUUUAUUUGGUAAAUGUAUUUCCAUCAUGGUUUAUGUGCAUGUUUUCUUAUUUGAUAAAAAUGUAUCCACCUCGAUUGAGUGAGUUAAUUUUUUUACACGCACAUUUUUAGAAUUUAUGCGCAUCUUGGCUUUUCCACCCAACAUUUUUUUAAUGUGAAAUUGUGUGCAUGUUUUUAUUCCCAAAAUGCACAUAAAAAUAGGUGGGUGGUGGUUAGCAUUGUUGUCUUACAGCAAGAAGGUCCCCGGUUCGAGCCCCGGCAGGGAUGUGUCAGCAUGGGUACUCCGGUUUCCUCCCACAGCCCAACGACAACGGUUAGUAAAACAUGCAUUCAUCACAAAGAGGCCUGUCAAAUAAGAAGACCUGUUAAGGCAAAGACGACACAACUUAUGUAAUUGUAUCUGUAUGAAAAAAUAAACAAGGACAAAACACGCCACCAACCAAGGAGACCGAAUAUUUUCACUGAAAAAUGCAGGAGUGACAUCCAUUGCGGGAGGAAUCUACAACAGUUAAAGAGACAGUACUGGAGACAUUGGAAUCAGCCUACCAUCCUCUUUGGAACACAGGAAGGGUCAUGACCCAGUUGCCAUGCGCAUCACCACGGUGACCAGCCUUCCUAGUCCCUCCCCCCUCCUCCUCUUAUUGGUUCAGCUGCUGUUGUGGCUCAUUAUCCCAGGCCAAGAGGCAGUUGGAGCCGCCUCUACCUGUCCCGCGCUGUGCAGUUGUUCUAAUCAAGCUAGUCGAGUGAUCUGUACAAAACGAAACUUAGAAGAGGUGCCCGACAGUAUAUCAAACAACACACGAUACCUCAACUUACAAGAGAACUCGAUACAGGUGAUAAAAUCAGACACAUUCAAACAUUUGCGGCACCUGGAGAUCCUCCAGCUCUCCAAGAACCAGAUUCGUCAGAUAGAGGUGGGCGCUUUCAAUGGCCUCCCAAACCUCAACACUCUGGAACUGUUCGACAACCGCCUCACGCUGGUGCCAUCGCAAGCUUUUGAGUACCUCAGCAAGCUGCGUGAACUGUGGUUACGAAAUAACCCCAUUGAAACUUUACCAGGCUAUGCCUUUCACCGUGUCCCCUCGCUGCGGCGUCUUGACCUAGGCGAACUCAAGAAGCUGGAUUAUAUAUCUGAUGCAGCCUUUGUUGGACUCAUCAACCUGCGCUACCUGAACUUGGGUAUGUGUGGCCUGAAGGACAUCCCUAACUUGACUCCCCUGGUGCGACUGGAGGAGUUAGAGUUGUCUGGGAACCGUCUGGAAAUCAUCAGACCAGGAUCCUUUCAAGGCCUGGAAUCAUUGCGCAAACUAUGGCUCAUGCACUCUCAGAUGUCGGUCAUCGAGCGCAAUGCUUUCGAUGAUCUCAAGAACCUAGAGGAGCUUAACCUAUCCCACAAUUCCCUGCACUCUUUGCCCCAUGACCUUUUCACACCUCUGCAGAAGCUGGAGCGAGUUCACCUCAAUCACAACCCAUGGGUGUGCAACUGCGAUGUGCUCUGGCUAAGCUGGUGGCUGAAAGAAACGGUGCCGAGCAACACCACUUGCUGUGCGCGGUGCCACGCACCACCCUACAUCAAGGGAAAGUACAUAGGAGAGCUAGACCAGAGCCAUUUCACCUGCUAUGCCCCCGUCAUUGUGGAGCCGCCCACUGAUCUCAAUGUGACCGAGGGCAUGGCUGCUGAGCUCAAGUGUCGCACUGGUACCUCCAUGACCUCCGUAAACUGGAUCACUCCGAAUGGCACCCUAAUGACCCAUGGCUCCUAUAGGGUCAGGAUUUCCGUUCUGCAUGAUGGCACACUGAAUUUCACCAACGUAACUCUGCGUGACACCGGCCAGUACACCUGCAUGGUGACCAACUCAGCUGGUAACACAACGGCAACUGCUGUCCUGAAUGUGACUGCAGCAGAUGUCAGUGUCAACUACACCUACUUCACCACUGUCACUGUAGAAACUGUGGAGUCCACGGGAGAUGAAGAAUCUGCAUUGCGUGCCUUCAACGAGACCUUCAUCCAUAUUCCCGGGCCUACACCUUCUGGGCACCUCUGGCAUGAAGUUGUCCCCACUACUGCCUCUUCUCUCUCAAUCCUUGGCUCAUCGUCUUCUCCCCGAGCAACCAAACCUACUUUCACUGUCCCCAUUUCUGAGCCCAACUAUCCCUCUGGACUAGAUGACGUGAUGAAGACCACCAAGAUCAUCAUCGGUUGCUUUGUGGCCAUUACCUUCAUGGCUGCCGUCAUGCUUGUGGUGUUUUACAAGCUGAGGAAGCAGCAUCAGUUGCACAAGCACCACGGGCCGGCACGAGCCAUCGAGAUCAUUAAUGUCGAAGAUGAGAUUGGAGCGGGAACGGGCAUCCGUGGCAGCGGAAUCUCAGGAGGAUCCACGGUAUCGCAAGGAGGCUCCGGCGGACAGAGCUUGCGUCUGCACCACCCCGAAAUCGUCAACCUCCCGAACCUUGCACGAGUAGAGCAUCUCAACCAUUACUACAAGGCCCAUCACUUCAACAAUAACAUGAUGGGUCUGGGCCUUGGCGGAGGCUCGGGCGGAGGCCUAAACAAUAACAACAACCCUUCGCCCUGCUCCCAGGUCCAGACUACCCCCAUCUCUUGCACGCAGGUGCCAGUCUCUGCAGGUAGUACAUCAUGCUCCAUGCCUUCUCCAAUGCCUCUGCCGACCCUUGGCAUCCACGGGUCACUGAAAGGCCUGAUGGGUAAAGGGCAGAACCCACAGAUUGAGCCGUUGCUUUUCAAGAGCGGCUCCAAGGAGAAUGUCCAAGAAACCCAGAUCUGAAGUUGAGAAAGAGAGUAAGGGAGAGAGGGAGAAAGGUAAAUGUACAGAUAAAAGAUGGAGAAAGAGUAUCAGGCAGACAGAAACAGAUGAAGGGUAUUGGCUGUUCAACCCCUAUGGGUAUGUUCUCAGGAGUAAUGAGAAAGGCAGACCCAGCAUUGUAUGAAAUAUUACCUACACAAGAAUACAAGAUACAGCUGUGAAAUCGCUACCAAGUAAAUACGCUGGCAAAGAGUGGGGGAAUUUCUAGAAGGAAGACAGGCAACCACACUGCAGUUUAAAAUCAGUCUUUACAUUUCUCUGAUCCGCACGUAUGAAGGGGAUCAUCAGACAUCAGCAAACAAAACCACACUUGCCAAUACCUUAUAAAUCGAUACAUUUUUGUGUAAUGCAAGAUUGAUAAUUAUGUGCCAAACUUGCACCAAUCUGUGCCAAAGCAAAAUCUUUGCACACUACGCAUGUGUACAGACACAUUUUCAGAAGGCGAUCUGAGAUCUGCACGUAUACUGUUCACCAUCAAAUACAGAACUCCAUCAAUAAAGCAGAGAUGCUACAAAAAUCAAAACCAUACACACCAUUAGGUAGGAAGUGUAUAUAGAAAUACAUGAACAACCUUAAGUAUUUAUGGACAGUGGCUGGGAACGAAAAAUCACAUGUGAAAAUGGUUUAGAGAACCGUAAAGCUCAGAUAACAAAAUGGAUCAUUAAAAUUUUGUAGAGGUUCGCAGUCCUACGAAGGAAAGAUGGAUUAGUAGACCAGCACUGUGUAGAGGGCUUAUGUUUCGUGAUGAUGAUGGACUCAAGAUUCUCCCCUUUCUCGAGGCUCUCACAAUUGAGGGGAAGAGAGGAAAACGAACAAGGACUUAAAGCGCAAACAGACAAUGAAAGAUAUAAAACUUUUAAGAGAAUAUAUAAACUAUGAAAGUAUACAUGAUAUAUAAAUAUAUUUUCAUUCAGAGAAAUAAAUUAUGAAGAAUCUUUACAUUUUUCUGACUGAAAGCCACGGCUUUUGAAGAAUUAGCAGCUGCUGGUGUAGCGCUUUGUCACUGAUAAUUCCUUUCUCUGCAUAAAAACAAAAAUGUGUCUGAAACUGGUACACCCUCACAGGACUUAAGGGUAUCCGGAGGAGACGGAGGGACAGGGAUGUAUAUUCUGGAAAUUGCAUUUGAUUUCAGAUACUUUGGCUUUGUUUUUUAAGUCUCAAAAGGUUUCCCUUUCCUGUUCUAUAACUAACAGGGUCAUUGAGGAGAAGUAAUUUUAAUUAACAUUAUAAACACACUACUGUUUGAUUCUGCAGGCAUUUGAGAUCCAAACUGGGUCGAUAUCAGUUAUCACCAUUACCAACAGAAUUAUAAAAUACAAUAAUGAUGAUAGUAUGCAAUGCAAUGGAAAGAAAGUAAAACACUGUAAACGUUGCUCUACAUGCUGCUAUACUGAGAAAAGAUAUUUUUAGUGAGAUGUUUUAGGAAAAUCCGAUUUGAAAGCUGAGUAAAAAGAGACUCCUGUUGACAUUACAUUACUACUACUACUAUCAUCAUUAUUGGAAAACAUCAAGCGGAUUUGGUCGGUCUCUUUGUUUUUACCUAGAGGUGAUGUUUGUUUUUCAUUGUGUAAAAAGUGAUUGUCACUACAGCUGAUAAUCCCCUCAGUAAAGCUGGAAUAGCAGUGGACGUACUAACAAUGACAACGAUUUGCUUGAAGCAUUACGAAGCCACAACAACAACAACUCCUCCAAACAAGGAAAUGGAUGGGCCUUAUAAUGGCUCCCUCAAUGGCCUGUCCCCUCUGUUUUGUACAAGACAAAAACUUUACCAGGACCCUGUUUUUUUGCCAACGUGAAUCAACAAGAUUCAGGACAGAACACAAACUCUGGUGAUUACUGCAGGGGUAAAAUGGAUUAUUGCGAACACUGUGUCCAGACAUGUGGACGGAACUACUGUUUGAGCAGAAAGCAAACAGAGGACAGCUUUUGAAAGGUAAGAGAAAACCCACUCAGUGAGCAAGAUUGGAGUUUGGAAAGCUUUUUAAAAAAAAAUGAAAAUGGACAAAUAAAUGACAACUAUAGAAACUUAUAGAGCUCUUUUAAAACAAAACUAUUAUGAUAAUAAGUGUCUUUCAUUAUUUGUUUUUAUCUAGUUUAUUUUUGUUUUGUUUCGUUUUUUUUCAAAAUCAAGUGUUAUCUUAAUUGUAAUAUUGUUAUUGUUAUUAUAAUUAGCUAAUAUUACACUCGUUAUAAUUAUGAAAAAUGUUCUGUUAGCAGAAGUCACUUCGAAAUUUAAAAAAAAAAUAUAUAUAUAUAUAUAUAUAUAAAUGGCACACAAACUGGCAACUGAAAUUGUGAAACUUGGUGGCAUUGAUUUGUUCUAUGUUUUUGUCUUAUCUUUUUCUCAUGUAUUUGAGGUAUCACUGUAUGUAACCCUUAGAGCUUAAGGCUUGGAGACAGUUCUCCCGAGAUGCAGACAGAAUGUGAUUUGGCUGGUGGUAGCGUUCUUCUCUGCAGAGGAAGAGAUAUGAGAGAGAGAGACAGAGAGGAAAGAGAGAGACCGGGUUUCUGAUACACACUCGUUCUCAGAAUGUCACCCAUUAUCAGUGCCGAGAAGUGCGACUGUGCCGUGUCAACACCCUGUUGCCACGGCAACACGCCUUCGCACUAAUGUGCCAAACACUGUCAGAGCCAGGGUGCCAUCUUUGUGGGUCCCCGUGCCUGUGUUUGUCAAACCUUGUUAGCCUACAACACGUACAAAUAUCCACACGCGAGCACACCGCCGUGUCAAUUGUCAUCCGACAUAUUGGUGCACCCAUACUCUGGCACAGCGUCCCAACAGGUUCUUAUGGUGAGGUUUCCCUGGCAACUGUUGCUGCUGCGACAGUCCUCAUCACAGCGUUCAGGUCUCAGAUGCAAAUGCGAGGACGGAGCCAGUAUAGGACGCUAUUUACAAGGAUGUAACUGUUUUCAUCCAUGUUCUUAAUUCGGACCCUUCACAAAAACCCGCCCUCCUUAGUUACUGUUGCUAUGGUUGACAAGCCAUGGCCCUCUCACACCACACAUCAUGUUCUCACACAGUGAAAAAUACAUCUCGGAGCAAAGAGGAAACUGACCACACGCCGACAGACAAGACAGAGCAGGUUACUUUAGGCAUGAAUGUCUCAGCUUUCAGAUUUUGUCAAUUUUUUAAAUGGAAUUCACACAAUAAAUACCGUUUUGUGGCUCUUUAAUGUGUCGUGACAGAUCGCUGUAGCGCCUCAGUUCAAGCGGCAUGUGAACCCAUCAUGGCUUCCUUUUUACUAGUUAUAGCAUGAAAUAAACAUGAACAAACAUCAGAAGGUAUUUUAUUUAACACAGCAUUUUUCAAAUUUAAGUCCACGGAAGUUAAUCUACUUUCCUGUCUUGUUUGUUUGUCGGACAAAAUGGUGGAUUCGGCGUUAUGAUUGGUCAGAUCGCCUGUCAAUCAAACUCCCUGCCAAGGGUCAAUUAGCAUAUUCACAGCACACUGCAUAUCAAUAAACCUCCUUUAUUGUUGACAUUCAUGAACCUUGAGUAGCAGUCAUCGAGAUGUCCGUAUCUAACACGCCAUUGAUCUUCCAUAGGCACAUCAUCCCCUACACUCAAAAUGAUCAUAUUCUCCCUCUCAUGCUGGAGAUUUGCAUAUGUUCGUUUGCUUCCCGAGUGAUUAACAUACACAUCUGUUUGUGUGUGUGUGCAUAUGUGUGUACCAGACAGUAAUCGUAUUACAUUUGUGCUCAAGGCAUAUGCUUUCUUUCCAAAGCAACUCACAAGAAAGUAUUGCCAAGCAGAUUGGUAGUGGGACAGGGCAGAGACUGUUAUAACAUACCACAUAUCUCAUGAUCUUCACCUAGCCUGCAACCUCAGAUAUCUCUCGCUUCCUGAAGUCUUAAGAAGCAUGCGAAAGCUGUGACAAAGGUAGGAAGACAGGAGCCCUCUCUCUCCCUCGUAGCACUGCGGUAUCUGAGUCACAGGGCCCAAAACACACACUCAUACACAUCUCAGCUCUCUCAUAAACGCGCUUUGCAGAGAAAUACCCUGCCCACCAGCUGGAUAGGACUUAUGCAAAGAGCACCAGAGAAUGUGGUGUCGCGGGUUUUGGCUUAUACAUGUGUCUGUGUGUGAGUGUAUGAAAACUAUGGAAAUGGCCAUUUCAGCUUUUGUAAGCUUAUUUGAAGACAUCCAUGUAUUUCGACCAAUGUUUUUCAUUGAUAGCGUUUCUGUUGCCCUCUCGUGUGUGUGUGUGUGUGUGUGUGGGAGAGAAUGAGUUUGGGCUGUGUGUUUUACAAUAAGAGACUCUGUUGUCAUUGAGCGUGCACGUGGUGAGCUUGUGUGUGUGUGUGUGUGUGUGUGUGUGUGUGUGUGUGUGUGUGUGUGUGUGUGUUUGCGACAUCUGUGUUUUUGUACGGCAUUUAGAGACUGUCGUGAGAGUCAGACAUCCAUUUUAAAUCCCCGGUUUAAAUCACUUUAGCGUAUUUUCCUAUGCUUCAGGCUUGUGUAUGAUCUUCUGAAUGAUGCUCUAAGCUAGAAUGGAGAAAAAACAUCAGUUGGGAUUUUCCUUUUUUUCCCCUUAAUACCCCAAUUGAGAAGUCAGGGGGCAUUCGUGCCAAUUUCCAACCAGCUGAAGCGAUGGGAGGUACUUCCCUAAUAGCGGCCGUGAUAUAGUAUUCAGAAAUUUAUACGUGCGACAAUGGUCCCCGUUUUUUUGUGUUUGUUUAAAGUUGCAAACAUGCUCAGGCUUUGACAGACAAAUCUAGGGCAGCUCUUGCUUUUGGGUGUGUGGGGUAAAUAUCUUAUUCCAGCAUUUACUUCAAAGAUUUGUAUUUGGUCGUUUGCACUUUGGUCCUGGAUUUAUCAGCAGAAGGUCUAUAGCAUUGGUUCCUCACAAUCUGAGUCACAAAACCAGGUCGAACACAUAAACAACUCACUUGAGGUUGUGUCGCUUAGAAUAUCAAUUACAUCCAAAUCAUACUUCAGCCCUACUGCUGGUGAUGGUCCGUUUCUAAAGCAGCUGCGAGGAAUGGUGUCAUUCUUCACAUAUAAAACUGCUUCAUUGUAAUUGUCAGGGCUAGACAGAACAGACAAAUCUUUCAUGGCAGGGUGUGGAUGUAGCUUGUGUCCCUAACAAACUCCGUUUUUACCAGAGUUGCACAGACCCUCAUGACGCUCUGACACCGAUGAUCCCAAUUGUGAGAAACAGCAUUGUGCAAUGUAAUGCAAAACAAAAGAAAAAAGAAACUUGUCAAGUAAAUGUAAUAUCUAUAUAUCAUUUAUAGUUUAAUUUAUAAUUUAGAGAACAUAUAUCUAAAGUUUAUUUUUCUUACUCAACUGGCAAAGUAUUUUUUUAGCUUAAAACAAGAAUAUAUGCACUAAAUUCAGAGGUUUUUGGGCAAAAACCUUUUUUUCUGAAAGAAAGAAAAUGAUGCUUUUUCACGGAUGCAUUAAUAUUACAGUAAAUCAAAAAUGACAGCAAAAACAUAAGAUUUCUAUUUCAAAUAAAUGCUCUUCUUUUGGACUAUUCACCAGAGAAUCAAACAUGUAUCACAGUUUCCACAAAAAUAGCAGCAGCAAUGUUUUCAAUACAAUAAUGAUAAUAAAAAAGUAAUGUUACUUGUACAGCAAAUCAGCAUAUUAGACUGAUUUCUGAAGGAUCAUGUGACACUGAAGACUGGAGUAAGACUGUUGAAAAUUCAUUAUUUCAUCACAAGAAUAAAUUACAAUUUAAAAUCAUUUACAAUAGAAACCAGUUAUUUUAAAUUGUAAUAAAUUGAACAAGACUUGUAUCAAAAACAUUUUUUUUAAAAAUGGAUGGCCUACAAAAAUAUAUUCUCUAAAAACAAGUAUAUGUUGAAAACAACAAAUAUCUCAUGCAUUUUUAAUUUAAUUAUCUUGUAUGGCCUAAAUAGUUUUAAUUGUUUCAACUUUUAUUGGAUUGUGCUUUAUUAUUGUAAUUGGCAACAUAUUACUGUUAUUUGCUGCUCAAUGCACAUAAAACUGUUGUCCUCUGUUCUGAUGCCGAGGGUGAAAAGAGAGUGAGAGGACCAGUGUGUUGUUCAAUCCUGAAGACUUAUUUAGCCCCUGAGAUUGAGUGUGUGUGACAGAUUUGGAAUUGAGCAUUAAAGCAGCUUGAGUGUGUGCAGCAAAAGUCACACAUAAUGAUUUAUCGUGUUAGGGAGCGUGUGUAUGGUUUGUUUGAACAUGUGCCUCGUUUGCCAUUGUAGUUGUUGUGUGGGCUUCCUGAUACCCAUCAGGACAUUUAUGUGCGUGUGUGUUUGAGGGGUUUUAUGAAGAGAAUGAGAUCAGUUGUUCACAACGUCUCUUUGCGUCAUUGCACUGAUCUGUACAAGAGCCCGCAGCAGCUUGUCAAACACUGAUUGCCCCUGAACACACACACACACACACACACACACACUAAUGUAAGAUUGUAUCCUAGACCCUCACCUCAGUCAAUAAAGAGUGCUUUUACCCGCCUCCUCCCUUGAACGCACACAUGCGCCUACGGACAGAGCCAUUGAUAAUUACAUGUGACACUUCAGACUCGGAAACCGCAUCAGUGUCUUACUUGUGAUUUCGAAUAGGUUGUGCCUUGUCAUCUAAUGUAAUCCUCCAUGGUACAAGCUUCUCAAAUGCCAUUUGGGAUUGGAUGGCACUUGACUGACCGUUAAAUGCACAUGGGCCCGACAUGUAUGUGUGUAUGAAUACUGGUGCUUCUGCAUGUCUGCAGUAAUAUCCAUCCAUACUAUGUGCCUGAACCCCAUGACAAGUCCUAAGAGACUGCAUUUUGUAGCUUGACUUGCCUGCUUCAGCUCCUCUAGACCAUUUCUAACUUUGAGGGAUGUCACUGGCUUUUGUGAUGGUGGUUAUGUGGCUGAUUAGCGUCCUGUUUUGUGUUUCGACUCUUUGAAAUGGGAAUGAAUUAUACUGCUAAAUUUCAGUUCGCAUUGAUUAUUUCCUUGGACAAAUCCCUCACAAUAUUGUUUUUAUUCUUCUUCAAUCCUGUGUGUCCUCCCACAAUGCUUUUUGGUUUAAAGACACCAUAAGGUGUUAUGCUCCUCUGGUUUAGAAAGACUUUUUUUUUUCUCUCUCUCUAAAAAAUCACUUUCUUUUAUUAGUAUUUUUGUCGUCUUGUCACUUUAGAAGCAAAGUUGCUUAAGACGUGGGGUUUUGAAGGCAAGGACACUCAAAUAUGAUGAUCCUGUUGUGAGGGACUGCCUAACUAAAAUAUACGGUAGCUGUAUAUUUUCAUGUAUUUACUGUGAGGUACAAAAGUGUGAUUAUUAUAAAAACAACACUUUUAUGUUGUCAUUUUACUAAAGUAAACUGAUGUCAGUAGAUUAAAAAAUAGAAUGAUUUCUAACCAGUCUUUAGAAAACAGAAUAAAAUAGUAAAUUCAAAUUUGGCAAUUGUGAAUGUAAAACUAAUCAUGAUAAUUAAAGGAAUAUUUCACCCAAAAAUGAAAAUUCUGUCAUCAUUUAUCCACCUUCAUGUUGUUCCAAACCUGCAUAAGUUUCUUUCUUAUGUUGAACACAAACAAAGAUAUUUUGAAGAACCAAGCAUGUGUAGGGAAAGAAACACCAUGCAAGGGAAUGGGGACCAUUGACUAUUUGAUUACCAGCAUUCUUCAAAAUAUCUUCUUUUCAGGUUUGUAGGGUGAGUAAAUGAUGACAAAACAUUUUAAGGUAAACAUAUUUCAUUGCAUUUCAUAUCUUCAGUGCAUGGACCACGGUUUGGUUUAGAUACUAAGGCUUGCUGUGUUCAAAGAAUAUGCAUGUAUAAAGUUUAUUUUUCUUACCCCAUUGGCAAUUUCUUUUCUGUUUUUACACAUAAAUGAAAUUUAGGCAUAAACAAACAGACAAAGAAAUUGCCAUUGAAGUAGGAAAAAUAAACUUAAUGUAGUCUUAAAGUCUUAAUAGCUUACUCACUUUUGCUGCUAAAGUAGCAAAAUCCUCUUGUUGUAAGGAUGUUUGGAUAUUUUUACUGGAAAUCAAGACAAAAAUACUGGUUAUGAGAAUGAUUUUCUGGAGUGUGGGGUUGUGUAAAUGUGUGACAGCAUCCUGAACAAGUCGGGCCUGUUAAAACGGCUGAAGCAGCAUCUUGGCUCCUCUCAGUUGAGUUUCAGAUCGUGCCUUUUGCUCUUAAGCCUCAAACGCAGCUACUGUUAUGGGUUUUGGGCAUCUUAUUGGCUCAAUUCCCUGUGUGAUGUUUGUUUUUGAAUGAAGUUGGAAAGGGAUGCUGUAUGUUUGAGAGGCAGUCCAGUGGAAAAACUUUGAAGUGGCCAGUCUCCAGCCAGCCUGUGGAGGGGCCGGUGAGAGAGCAAUGAGCUGUGACCUGAUCACCUUAUGAAGAACCUACUCAUGCUGUGACGGCAUAAAGCGAACCCAUGCUAGAGCCGCAGGAGAACCUGAUCUGGGUUCUUGGGGUCAGAGCACCAGUACCGUCGGAGACUGAGCGAACCGAAUAAUCUAAAUGUGACCCAGUUACAGUGUAGCGCAGCAGAACUCAGAACAAGAUUUGCAGAAGAGGCAAAACAAAAGUGUGCCAUUAUCUCAGCACAUUAAAUCUCACACACUGAUUUUGGUGCAAUAACUUUAAAAGGCACAGAGCGGCAUAACAGUAAACAUUUAUCAAUAUGAAAUAAAGUUUAACUAGAAUUAUUGAUUUUACUUUAAACUUCUUCCCCUUCUGUCAGCUUUCAAGCUUUUGAUUUAUGUUCGUAGCGCAGUCAUUUCUGUACAACUAUUUCCUUUCUAUCCUUCCCCAGUGGGGUUUUCCUAAAACCACAACCACCGAAGACUUCACAUUAGACAACGUUCAUGUUGUAGCCCAGAGGUUAUAAAGCAUUUGGAUGACACCGACUCCCAAAUAUGAUGAUCCCUUUCCUAAAAUAUAAAGGCAGCUAUGAAUUUUUACCCAUUUAUACUGUGUGAGAAAAAAACUGUGAAUACUACAUAGACGACAAAAUUGAAAUGUUUGUUUUAUAAAUUAAAUAACUUAUCCCUCUUAUAUCUCAACACAAAAGUAAGCUAUUACCUGCGAAGACUUGAUUCAUUACCUGCUAUGGGUAAAUAACUAAAAGAAUAAGAAAGCGUAUAAAAUGGUAAAACUGGUGGGUGUGAAAAAGCCAUGCACAUGCUAACUUUGACAAGCCUUAAGGCCUGUUCACACCAAGGAAAAUAACUAUAAAGAUAAAUGGUUCUCAGUAUUUAUACGACAGCUGUAACGAUAAAGGCACAGAGAAACGAUACUGUUGGAAUCGCUUUCAGAACGAUUUUUUUCCAGCCGAUGAGUGAUAAAAAACAUCGACAACCAAUGAGAAUCAAUCCUGCUAUAAUGACCUCGAGAAAAAGAGGCAGAUGAGCGUGCGCUUAGAAUAAACAGACGAUAUCAUCUGCUGGUGUGGACGCAGAUAUAGUUAUUGUCUUUAUAGUUAUCGUUCUUGGUGUGAACGGGCCUUUACACUGUAUAUUUUCACAAUUGUCAUAGACCCUCAUAGAUACAGGAAUCUACCAGCAGCGGAUGAACUAGACCAUCCAAACCAGCACAGCCUUGACCGCUUUGCUUCAUCUGUGGGCCACUCUCCAUUACAGUGACAUCUCUAAAUAAAACUCAAACAAAUGCCCCCAUUGCUAAUUUACUAUUUUAAAUGGGUUUAUUAAAGGUUUUGAACUUUUGACCUCUUGCACAGUAGUCAAAAAAUCAUUCUAGACCACAACAUCUGACUGAGGACUAGAAUGAAGGCUGGAAUCAUGUUUCACCUGCAAAAACCUGUGUGCUAAUUCUGCUGAUAAAUCUAUGACAAAGAAAAAGAUCAGGAGGGAAAAUAGAAUGAGAUGAGAUGAGGCUGGCUGUCAUAGGACGUUCGGACAUGUCUUGUCACUUUUCAUCACGUCUUAUUUGAGUGCGUGUGCGUGUAGGCAUGUCUGCACCAAUGACUUUGUGAACUAAGUAAGAAAGGUGUUCGUACAUCUUGCCAAACAAUGAGUGUGUGGGCAUAUACACGUGUGCGUUUGUGUGACGUGUGUGAAGGUGCAUACACUGUGUGUUGUAGGUGUCUGUGUGAACAUUCUGUGUUUGCUCAUUGACAGCCAGCAUGUGUGUGUACGUAAGACUGUGGACGUCCGUCCGUCUGCCAAAUUGAGUCAUGUGUGUCUCGGUGCAAGCGUGUGUGUGUGUGUGUGCGUGCGGGGACAUUGCUAUCCUUGUAUGUCAAGCGUUGCUGUGGGCUGUGAUGACCUCACUGUUAGUAACCUGCAGGAAUGAGAGGCGCACAGCUGACAUCACCCCUCUCUCUCCUUUUCUCACCCUCUUCCUCCUUCCCUACAUCUAUAUCUUCCGACAUGCGGAUAACACAUCAGACCUUUUCGUUCUGAGUCACUGGCUUAAGAGAGAAAAGAGGGACAUUCUUUCUUUCUGUACUUUAUGCUCUUCAUUCAGAAUCAGAAUCAGAAUGAGCUUCAUUGCCAUGUAUGUUUACCUGGCAAUAAAGGGAAGCCCUUUAAAGGGAAGAUUUACCCAGAAACCUAAACCAUUUACUCACCUUGUUGAUUUUGUCUUGAGUAACAACCAUACAACACUUCAUUAUUUACUUACCAUCGUGUUGUUCCAAACCCGUUCCAGAAAGAAAGGCUUUCUUUUGUGGAACCCAAAAAGUGCAUUUUUUAAAACUAUUCAAUAUAAUUAAACAGAGUCUGUAAAAUGGGCUGUAAAGUUUAAAAAAAGAUACAGCAAGACCAUAAAUGUCCUUAUGACUCAUGCUCUGUAUUCCAAACAGUCUACGUUUCCAUUCAUUGAUAAUGUUCCUCCAGUGGACUGUUAGGCGCUACAACCAAAACAUUGAGUCAGUGAGUUGAACUGAUGAACUGAAUCAGUCUGAAUCAUUUAGAACAAAAAGAACCAAAUCAUUCAGAGUGGAUGAUUCCGUGAAAAGUUCUAACUCACAUGAAUCAGACAUUGUUACUUUGAUGAAACCUACUACCACUUGAGUCAUAUAGACCACUGUUAUGAUACAUUUAUGGUGCUUUUUCAAAUUUUGGAGCUUGCUUGAGUCCUUAUUCACUUUAAUUAAAUUUAAAAUAUGGCCAGAGUAUUCUUAAAAAAUUCAUCUUUUGGGAAUUAAUUUAUGGGUUUGGAACGACAUGACGGUGAGUAAAUGAUGACAUAAUUUUAUUCAACAAUGAUCCCUUAAUUCCUCUGCUGUCAUACCUUAUUUUCAUAGAUUCGUCUCUUUUUGUUUCUUUCUGUCUCACUCUUUCCCCCAUCAUCCUUCUUGUUUAUCCUUUUCUUCCUGAAGGACCAGAAAUUCACAACUGUCUGGUGUCUAACACACAAACAAGCGCGCUGCAACCACAAUCCUCUCUUGAGAGGAAGAAAAAAACAGAAACACAACAGAGAAGCAAACUGAUGCCUCAGAUAUUUCCUUCCCUCUGUUCAAUUAAACAUUCCCCCAUCUGCCACUUUGGGUUGUUUGAGUCCCUCUGAAAUAUUGAAAGUAGUUGUUAAUGUGAUUGUUUCUCCUGACUUUGUUUGAACCUGUUGGAUAAAUCGCUCUGGAAUGUGUGUAUUAUUAACAUCUGAAAUGUGUCGUGUGCGUGUGUCUGUGUGUUUGUUUGUAUGCGUGCGUACGUGUGUGUGUGUGUGUGUGUGUGUGUGUGUGUGUGUGGAGGAGGGCAGAUUCGUUCUGCUGUAAUGGUUCUGUGCCAAAUCUUUUUCAGACCAUUCAAUCUCUGUUCAUGUGCCAUACUGAUAAAUUUAUGGAAUAAAAGAUGUUCUUUUUUUCACAAAAUGAGUAUUGAACUGUGGGUGGUUAUUUUGGAUGUUUUUCAUGACAAAAACAGGAUCAAACCAACAAAAUGGGGGACGUGUGAA